ACCAUUCGUGUGAUGAUUAUUAUUACCCAAGAUGGCUGCGCCCAUGUAAAAAUAUGUCGCAAAUAUUUGCAAUAUUGUAAUUUGUUUGAGUGUGUUUCAUGAUUGACGAUUUCAUUUCAUUUUGUCAUUACGAGGAAGAUUUAACAGAUAACGAUGGCUACAAAUUCACCAAAGAAGUCACAAAGGGUGAAGCCAAAAACUUAUUCAACAUGCUUGUUGUACAACACCAAAGAGGCCCAAAGCAAACUGUCCGGCAUCAUCUUGGCAAAUUGUAAUCCAAACCUGAAAUCAAAAGUUCAAGAUGUGGUGAAUCCAGUUGUUGAAGAUGUUCCAGCAACAGAACCAGAACUAGUACCUUUGCAGUUAACAGUGUCAGAGAAAAUGUCCUGCAACUCUUGUGAUGCUGUCUUUGCUCACAGAGUGGAACAGAAGAGGCAUUACAGAUCAGACUGGCAUAGGUAUAACUUGAAACUACGACUAAAGGGUAAAGAAAAAGUUAGUGAGGAACAAUUUGAAGAUAUAUCUGGAAAUAUAUCCAGUCUGUCAGGAAGUGACUCAGACACAGACGCAGACACAGAUACAGAUAACCAGUCUAAAACAGGAAGUGGUAAAAAACUGCCUGGUUCCCAGCGUAGACAUGUAUACUCUGGCAAUACAAGUACUGACAGUGACAGUGAAUCAGGAAACCAGUAUGAAGAAGUGGCUAGAAGACUACCAAAGGUAUAUUUCAGGAAUAAAGAUGGUGAUUUGUUAUCAAUUUACAGAUGUGUUCUAUGUCAUAAAAAGUCACAUCCAAGCCAGCAAGAAGACAUUGUUACCUUGGCAACAGGGAUUCCUGAUCAGAUGAACUGGGCAGUUUUUAUGGCUGCUGGUGGGCAUUUUGCUGGUGCUAUCUUUAACAAAAAUGAGAUGGUAGCACACAAGACAUUCCAUAGAUAUGUAGUGCGAGCUAAAAGAGGUACAGCACAGGGUAGCAGGGACAGCCAGGGUAACGCCCCAAAAUCAGCCGGGGCUUCAUUGAGGAGAUAUAACGAGGCUGCACUAACACAGGAGGUGCAAGAACUGAUCACAUCCUGGAAUGAACUUAUAAAAACCUGUGACAGAAUAUUUCUACGAGCCCCAAGUUUCAACAGGAAGAUUUUCUUCUCUGGCAAGGCACCGCCAUUAGAUAAAGACGAUGAAAGGAUUAGACUUAUUCCAUUCCAGACUAGACGUCCUACAUUUAAUGAAGUCAGACGUGUCUAUGAGAUGCUAGCAUCUAUUGAAUGCUAUGGUGAUGAGGCAGAAUUACAUGAUUUGGUUCCCAUCUCUCCACCACAAGUCUUCAAUCCUGAAACAGGUCAGCUGACACCUAGAGAUGAGAACCAGCUUACUCCUAGGCAGCGUAAGCUUCUAAACAAAAAGAUAGGUACCAGUCCCUUGGCAGUGGAGGAUAACAAAGCUUCUGGUGAAGCUGAAGAGAAAGCAUCUGAUGAUAAAGAUGCUGUCAACACAAAUAUGGAUGAAAAGAGAGAAAUGAAAUCUUUUUUGCCAGGACAUGUAUUGGAGGAAGAGACUAUGUCAUCUGGAGCAUCUACUGCAAGUGAUACCGAACUUGUGGAAACCAUGGCAACCAUUAACUUGAUGGAACUCAAAGAAUUUGCUUUCACGAAGAAGCCCAAGAAGAAGAAGAAGAGUAUAAAGAAGAGAAAUGCAGCCAUGAAAUAUCAAACAGAACCAGAUACUAAUAUCAUGGAGGAAGAAAAGUACCACCUGAAGAACAGUCUGUACACAGCAUGUAAAGUUGGUGACAAAGAAUCCCUUAAAAGUCUCCUCACAAUCUUGUACACUCCUCAAAUCUCUGGUGAUCAUGUUGAAGGGCAAAGUCAGGAAGAAGUAGGUCAAGGUCAGAAUAAAGUAGGUCGUAGUGAAGGGUCUGAAGAAUCAUCUGUGGGUUCUAAGCCAGGAAAGGAUGUGAUAGUUGAAGACAAGGAUAAACCUGUUGGAAAUGAAGUAGAAAACAGAAACCAAGCAUCUCAGGAGAAAAAUAUUAAUGAAAGAACGGGACAUGGGUCAGAUAUAAGUGUUAUUCAGGAAAGUGAAAGUUGCUCUGUCAAUGAUCUACAUACAGAGGGAAAGGACCAAACCAAUAUUCCAAGUACUAAAAGUGAUAAUAAAUGUGACAUAGGUGUUGUUACAGAAACAGAUGAUAACCAAGUUAAUGUUUCUACAAAUUCUGAUUUAACUGUUAAGGAAAAUGCACUUGAUAUGCCUUUAAAUGAUAAAGAUUCUGAGACUGAAAGUAAAGACGAAAGUAAAAGAAUAGAAAACUCUGUAACUGAGGAUAAUGUAAACAAUUUAGAAGAUUCUGAUACUUUAAGUGCAGCAAAAGGCAACAAUAUAAAUAUGGAUGAUAAUACAAAGUCACAGAUUGACUUAGAUACUGAGAAAGCAUCUUUAAAACUAGUGACAACAAAACAUGUGUCAGAUGUGACAGGAACAUGGCCUGACUUUUCUCCAGUUGUUACACCAGGUCUAGUUACUGAGCCGUUUGGGGAUAAUAAUACAACUCUGUUACAUGUAGCAGCAAAAGAGGGCCAGGUAGCAAUAGUGAAAAUACUGAUGGAGUAUGGUGCUAACCCUGCUUUAAGGGACAAGGGUGGUCUAACACCAUACAUGGUAUCAAAAGAUAAAGCAACAAGAAAUGAAUUCAGGAAAUUUAUGGGGUUAUGGCCAGAUAAAUAUGAUUAUGAAAAGGCUCAAAUUCCUGGCCCUCUUACUGAAGAGAUGGAAAUUGAGAGAAAAAAGAAAGAAGCUGAGAGAAAAAGAGCACAGAAAAAGAUAAAACAGGAACAACAGAAAGUAAAACGAGAAAUAGAGGAAAAACAAAAAGCUGAAGAAAGGGAAAAACAAAGAUAUUUAAAUCUUUCUGACAGAGAAAAGAGAGCAUUGGCUGCUGAGAAGAGACUUGUAUCACAGAUUACAAGUCAGGGGGACACUCAACCUGUGUUAAGUCGAUGUUUUCAAUGUGGAGCUGAUAUGACAGGGAAGGUGCCUUUUGAAUAUUGUGAUAAUAAAUUCUGUACAUCAAAGUGUCUUCAACAGCAUCGCAAAUCACAGAAAAAAUCAUGAAACUAUUUGAUUAGUUUUUGUAAGGCAGCCCUAUUUGACUUUGCUCCUAAGGAAGAGUAUAUUUUUUAUCAUUGUUUGAAAACAUCUAUGUUUGGUAAAAAAAAUAUUCAAGAAUGAAAAAAAAGAUAUGUUAAUGAAUUUUUUUAUUACUUGAU